GGUUACUACAGCUGGUGCCUCUACGUCAGGCUGCAGGGAGUUAGUGUUUGUUUGCAUGUGGGUGGAGGUGGGUGGCAGGCAAGGGUUAAUUUAAUUGUAGCUGUCACCGAAUGCCCGGAUGCUGAUGUAAGGACAGAGAGAGAGGGAGAGACAGAGAGAGAGAGAGAAGGCUGCAGAUUGCAGAGGAGGCAGCAGGGAGAGAGGGAUUAGAGAGGAACAGCCUGCGAGGAGGGGUCAGCAUACAUCAGCAGAAACAGCAGCAACGAGAGAGAGAAUCGAGCAGUGAUCUGCAUCCAGCACAAGCACGGGCUGCAUCCCUCCUGAUGAUGCUGGUACCAGGAGUGUAGCAUUCCCUCUUACCCUCCCCCUUCCCCUCUCUCUCUCCCCAUUUCCCCCUCCCCCUUGGAUGCAUCAGCAAAGAGGAGCACAGAUCCUUUUCCCCCUUGCACCCCCCCAUUAAAAAAAAAAAGAAAAAAAAAAAUAACCUUAUAGUAAAAAAAAAAUUUCAAGGAAGAAGGAAAAAAAAAAUCCCCAUAGAUGCAAAGGGGGACUUCCAGGACCAGGGACUAGGAGAGCAAAGGGGGGGACAAUCACAGCAUUGUGUAUCUCUCUCUCUCCUCCUUUCCUAUUGUUCCAGCCUGGGAGAAAAGGACAGGCCUUUUAAGAAGAGAAAUAAAUAGAAACCAAAACAAAGGCGGGCACCAUGUCCAGUGGCAAGGAGGCAGGUGGAAUUCACCCGUACCAGCAGCAACAACAUGCCCAGUACGUUGGACCCUACAGACUGGAGAAGACCCUUGGCAAAGGACAGACAGGCUUGGUUAAACUAGGUGUCCACUGUAUAACGGGACAGAAAGUGGCAAUAAAGAUUGUAAACAGAGAAAAGCUCUCCGAGUCUGUAUUAAUGAAGGUAGAAAGAGAGAUCGCAAUCCUCAAGCUGAUUGAACACCCCCACGUUCUCAAGCUGCACGAUGUCUAUGAGAAUAAGAAAUAUUUAUACCUGGUGCUUGAACAUGUGUCCGGAGGAGAACUUUUUGACUAUUUGGUUAAAAAGGGCCGGCUAACUCCGAAAGAGGCACGCAAAUUCUUCCGACAAAUCAUAUCCGCCCUUGACUUCUGUCACAGCUACUCCAUAUGCCACAGAGACCUGAAGCCAGAAAAUUUAUUACUAGAUGAAAAAAACAACAUCAGGAUAGCAGACUUUGGGAUGGCGUCACUGCAGGUUGGCGACAGUUUACUAGAAACCAGCUGUGGGUCUCCUCACUAUGCAUGUCCCGAGGUGAUCAAGGGGGAGAAGUACGACGGGCGCCGAGCCGAUGUAUGGAGCUGUGGAGUCAUCCUAUUUGCGCUUCUUGUGGGAGCAUUGCCCUUUGAUGACGAUAACCUACGUCAGCUUCUGGAGAAGGUGAAACGUGGGGUAUUCCACAUGCCUCAUUUUAUUCCUCCAGAAUGUCAGAACCUGCUCAGAGGGAUGAUUGAGGUGGAACCAGAGAAGCGCCUCAGUCUAGAACAGAUCCAGAAGCAUUCCUGGUAUUUGGGAGGCAAGAAUGAGCCUGAACCUGAGCAGCCGACUCCACGGAAAGUGGCGAUCAGGAGGAUUCACUCUGUUAGUGAGUUUGACCCCGACGUGUUAGACAGCAUGCACUCCUUGGGCUGCUUCAGGGACAAGACCAAACUGAAGCAAGAGCUGCAGAAUGAGGAUGAAAAUCAAGAAAAGAUGAUUUAUUAUCUUCUCCUCGAUCGGAAAGAAAGGUAUCCCAGCUGCGAAGAUGAAGAUCUUCCACCUCGGAAUGACAUAGAUCCUCCGCGCAAACGGGUCGACUCCCCAAUGCUGAAUCGUCACGGCAAACGCCGCCCGGAGCGGAAGUCUAUGGAAGUCUUAAGUGUGACAGACGGGGGUUCCCCAGUCCCUGCACGAAGGGCUAUUGAAAUGGCACAGCAUAGUCAAAGGUCUCGAUCUGUCAGUGGCGCAUCGACAGGCCUCUCUUCCAGCCCCCUCAGCAGUCCAAGGAGUCCCGUUUUCACUUUCUCCCCCACACCGCUGGAACCGGCCGAAGGGGAGGACCCCCGAGCAAUCUGGCAAUCCAAAGCGGCGCACCGCCAGCCCGACCCGAAGACCCAGACGCUGCCGGCUAAGACCAGCCUGGGAGAGAAGCCCCUGCACACUAUUAAAUCCAACCCGCUCCCCAUAACCAUGGCCGCCUCCUCCCCACCGCAUGACUCCUCAUCUUCGCCUCAUCGCUCCCCUCUGUCCCCCCCUUUCUUCCCCACCUCGCUGCCCGCUCGCUUUUUCCCUGGUACUAAAUCCGCCACCAAAUCUGUCCCUUUGCCGCAGGUGACCCCUCACCCUUCUCCCCGAGGUAGUCCCCUCCCUACGCCGCUGGGCACCCCAGUGCAUACGCCCAAGGACAGCCCGACUGGGACGCCCAGUGGCACCCCUCCCUCAAGUCCCGGUGUUGGUGGGGUGGCUUGGAAGACACGGCUUAACUCCAUUAAGAACAGCUUCCUUGGUUCCCCUCGGUUCCACCGUCGGAAAUUGCAAGUUCCGACUCCUGAGGAAAUGUCAAGUCUUACGCCAGAAUCCUCACCUGAGCUUGCUAAAAAGUCCUGGUUUGGAAACUUCAUCAACCUGGAUAAAGAAGAGCAGAUCUUCGUGGUCAUUAAAGACAAGCCUCUUAGCUCCAUUAAAGCCGACAUUGUCCAUGCUUUCCUAUCAAUUCCAAGUUUAAGUCACAGCGUGAUUUCCCAGACCAGCUUCCGAGCAGAGUACAAGUCAUCAGGGGGUCCCUCUGUGUUUCAAAAACCUGUCAAGUUUCAAGUGGACAUCAGUUAUUCCGAAGGGGCUGAAGCACAAAAGGAGAAUGGAAUAUACUCUGUGACCUUCACUCUAAUAUCAGGUCCCAGCCGCAGAUUUAAGAGGGUAGUAGAAACAAUUCAGGCACAACUGCUGAGCACACAUGACCAGCCUUCAGUUCAGGCCCUGGCAGGAUCAAAUGUUACAGCAAGAACCCAGAUGGAGUGUUCCCUGGAUCACCUUCUCUUCUUGCCACCAGAUGAGAAGAAUGGACAGCAGAGCCGGCCCCCAGGUACCCCAACCCGAAGCUGCCAGAAUUCCCGGCGCUCGGAGCCUGACAUGGCCGAGCACCACCGGAGAGGUUCCUCAAAGGACAAGAAACUUUUGGCAUCUAAUGGAACGCAAACACAGCCAUGACCUAGGAUUUUACAUAGGAGCCAGAAAAUGUGUCUGGCACAACCACGAACAGCCACUAUAAAAUGAACAAAGCAACGCAAGAGCAAACAGCGCCCGAUGUCAGAGCGAAAAUAAACUCACAUGGAUACGCCUACCGUACACUAACAGGCACAUACAUGUACAUUCUGCCCUAGGUGUACCCUUACUCCCAAGCAUACAAGGAUGCCGACUGGAACGCAUAGCAGAGCUGACUAGCUUUAUCGCUACACAGACACGUACAAGUACACGGACAUUACAAAAAUAAAAUAAAGAGCACAUAUCCAGAAGAGAGCGUGUGAUUGGCCGGGAGGAACAAACGUUGGCGUUACUGUGAAGCUGUAAAUAUUUCCAAAAAAUAAAAAAAAUGACAAAAAAAAAAAAACAAAACAAAAAAACCACAGCAAGCGGGGAAAGAAAAUAAAAUAGUAUGGAUACAAAAACGUACGAAGAAACUGACAUUUACCAUGAAUAACUUAUUUUUCUUUAUUUUUUAUGUUCAUAUUUAUUUAUUUAUGUGGAAAAUGGGGGUGGGGCUAUUUCAUUUCAGUUUUUUUUUUGUCUAUUUCUGUUCUUUGUUUUUCAAAGGCAGCUGACGCCAAAAGACCCAACCCUUCUCUAGCACAUCCCCCAAACUCUCAUUUUAUAACCUGGAACUCCAUAGGCAUCUUGUACCCCCCCCCCCACCCCCAAGUUCCUGGAACUUACUGGCCCGGUGUGAACGCAGCAUAUCCUUGCACAUGUAUGUAAUGGCAAUAUCUCACUACUAGAAGUACCAUCAGGUUCUAUGACCUUUGUAUAUCUAGUGAUCUUGGUCGCUCCUAUUAAAUGUAGUUUAGGAGAGCCUCAUCUUAUCAAAUAAGAGCUCUUUGAAACUCUCCAUCAAAGGGCUUCCGCUAUCAUCUCUGCAUGGGCAAACCACACGUGCCAUUGUAGAAAACCAGACACAGUAACCUACAGAACAAAUCUUGGGGUCCAUCUUUCACCCUCUGCUGGAAGUGCCGGAGGUCCGACUUCAAAAACUGAACGUUUCCUCUGUUUUGUCUGACUGCUGAAUGGUUUCUUAAACAUUUAGUCUUCGUUUUUCUUUCUUUUUUUUUUUCCUUCCUUUUUGCCUGUUCCGAAUAUAUCUUUGCUUACCUAUUCAUGUAUGCAACUAUUUAUGUUGUCCUUGUGUGAUAUAUUUCAGGGGCACACACACAGAGUAAUAAUAAUUUGAAUGAGACAAUGUGAUAAGUAACCACUGCAGAUGUUCAAAGUCUGUACCCCUUUGGGAAUGCAGGGGUCGUCAGCAGAUUGGGGUGGGGGGGGGGCUGCAGCUUAGCGGAAACCCAUUUGGGCCCCUAGAGGGUUCGAAAUGGGCGGUUCUCAAAAACCCAAUACUGUACCUUCCUUGGUAGACUCACAUGUCUGCAUUUGUUUUCCCUAUCAGCUGCUAUAAUGUUAUUACUAUGGCAAUAAGGCACAUCUGGUGUGGGAUUUAUUGAUGACAUUUUAAUCCCUAAAGUGCCAUAAUAUAUAAUAAUGCCACAGUGAUCUUACAGUGAUAACACUGGUACUUUUAUUUUUUUCUUUUUCUUUUCUGUUUAAUAUGCAGCCACAUGUUUAAUGUAAAAAAAAAAGAAAAAAGUCAUUCUGGUUGCACCUGUGAUACAAAUAUAUAAAUAUAUAUUUAUUUAAAUAAUAAUGUAACUUUUCUUUUGGAAAACUCAUAGGAAUGGCUGAUUAAUAUGUGGUGGGAAUUAUGAGCAUAUGUAUAUCCUUUUUGUCUUUUUUUUUUUCAUCCAAGAGUAUUAAGCCAGAAUUCAAAAUGAAAAACAAAAACCCAGCUUAAAGUGUUUUGUCUUUCACUCUUCCUUCUGUUCUUGUGCAAGGGAAAGGGAGAGAGCAUCAUGGGGUGGUGGACAGGCAGCCGGUGUGCUGGGUAGCUUUCUUAUGAUUAGAUGGUGCUGAAUAUAUAGUGUUUGUACUUAUUAUGCAGCAGAGAGCCGUUCAGCACACAGCCGGAGAGCACAAGGGGGGAACACAGUGCCCCCCGGCCAAGUCGCUGCUAUACGGAGGGCACUGUAUUGCAGUGAAAUACAUGAAUGUAAACCUUUAAUAGGAGAGUGUCACCUAAGGUGAUAGAAACUACUGCACUCACUCAUUGGGUGGGAUGUCUAUGUAUUCAGAAAAAUAAACAAAUAUCAACAAUGUGAUGACCUUACCAAUGCAUUCAAUUAAGGGAAAGCUAUGGAAAGGCAUAAGCUUGUUAUUAGAUAUUGGUAGCAUCUUGGGUGGGGGUCCCCAACCUUUUUUUUGUAAGAAAGAGUUGGGUAGCAACACAAGAAUCAAAAAAAGUUCCUGGGGUGCCAGAUAAGGGCCAUUAUUGUUUAUUUAGUAGCCCCUAUAUGGACUGGCAUCCUACAAUGGCAGUACACAUGGUUUUUAUACAACCAAAACUUGCCUCCAAGCCAUGAAUUAAAAAAUAACCACCAGCUUUAAGGCCACUGGGAGCAACGUCUAAAGGGUUGGGGAGCAACAUGUUGCCCCCGAGCCACUGAUCUAGGGUAACUAAUGAUCCUUUAUUACCUGUCAGACCACUUCCAAAACUGGUUGGAAAGUGAUUAUAAGGAAUAAGGCAAACAGCGACGGUUCAGGUUAAGGUUCUUCUGUAGGGAGGUAACAUUGACUUCAUCAAUAUUGUGUUCUCCAAGCCGCUUUAUUAAUUAUACAUUACAACUAAAUAUUCUGCAUGGUUUCCAGUUCUUCUUUCAUAUAUUGGGGACUUUAGGCCUCCUCUGCAUGCUGGUGACUUUAGGCCAACAGAACAAAACUCAAAUCUAACUGACUCAGAUCAGAAUCACAUCUAGACAAUGUUCAGCUAAGCUAAAGCAGCAGUAAGUUCUAAGGCUCAUUGGGCAACUCUGGAUUCAACCCUACCUGAGGCCUUAUGCUAUGUCUCCCCCUGGCCGUGCUUUUCAUGUAUUGUUUGUACUGUUCAUAAUGAAUUUCUGUAAACCGGAUGGUUCUCACUUAAGACUUUAGUAAUGUUUUCUAUCAAUGUACAUUGAGUUGUCACCAUGGACACAAGUGCUGUAUUGGGAAUGGGCAAGUGCAGACCAGGAAAGGGGCCUCUUUGUGGGUCGGUUAUACAGGUUUACACAUCACCACUUUGCAUGUAUAUGUUAUGAAGAUACAUAUUGUAUUGUGAAGGUUUUGCCAUGUCUGAACCGUGUCAAGGAUAUUUUUAGCAAGCUGUUGGGCAAAUGCCUGCUUCUUGAUUGGGACAAACUUUAUAGGACAUAUUAUUGGGAUUCCUCAAACAUUCAUCACUAAGGAAGAAAAAGCUACAGUCUACUGUCUACAGGGACAGUUGGCAGCUAAAGUACAGCUGAACUGUAUAAAGUAGCAUAAGAAUGGAGGCCUGUAGCCCUAUGAAACAUCCAGUCUUACAUACAAUUACUGGCUAACUGUAUGUUACCCCCUGAAUCCCAGACCUGAAGUAGGUUUUGCUACUGACACAAGUAUGGCCAUAGCAUGUAAAUUUGAUAGAUAAACCAGGUAGUUCUGGAUCAAGUAGCCCCGGCCUAUUCCCUGGUUCCACAACAGUGUAGAUCAGAGGAAAGCUUGGUGCCUGUGUAGAUGCUCCAGGAAUGUCCAGCCCUCAACCCUACAGAUGUUUCCAUCCAGAACCCCUUGAUUGUGCAAAUGAAUGGGGCGCACAAAAGCUGAUAUUGUUCUUGCAGUGUAAAGCUUGGCCGUGCAUGGGAAGACCCAUUCUGUAGGUGAGGUUGCCAAGACCUUGUCCAAUUUGGGCGCCCAAGUGCCGUGCCAGACCGGGCUGAUUCUAUGGAAUAAUAACAUAUCUGGGAAAACUAAAGAGAAUGUUGUACUUGUAUAUUAAUUGUACUGUUACUGUAAUUUGUCAUGUUUUAGGGAUUUUAUUUUUUUGCCUUUUAUAAAACAACCUCUCUCUAUUGAGAGCGGAAUUUGCCUACCGACGAGCCAACGGAUAUUCUCCCAAGGUUUGUGCAACGGGAUGGAAACAAAAGCAAAACAUUGUUAUUUUAGUGUUGCUACUAAGCAUGCGGGCGUGCCUAUGACUUCGGAUGGAUUGUAUGUAAAAUGCCAAAUUAUGCCUCUGUCUUCCACCCCCGCCCCGACUGCCGCUUCCUUUGCCCAGAGAGACACCUCCGACAUGUUAUUUAGAUUACUACCAAUGUGACAUUGAAGAGCCUAUGCGGACCCUCCCCCCCCCCCCCCACUUUCAGUUGCAUUGCAACCCUGUGGCACGGAAAGGGUUAAUGUGUAAUCCUGUAAAUUAUAUAUACAUUUAUUCUUU